UCCCGGAGUCAGAACAGCAACUCAAGCUCUCUGGAGGGAAACAAAUCCACCGAAACCAGCUCCACCUCACACCACCUGGAAGAUCUUCACCAUGAGGCAGUCCUGUGUGUCCAUCGUCUUCGCCGCGGCGCUCAUAUUCAAGUGCUACGUGCUGUCGGGGGCGUUACCCAUGGGCAAGGCUGAAGACGGCUCCUUGGAGCAGGAGACUUUCGCCUCGACGGAAAACGGCUUCAGCGACGCAGACCUGGCCGGCGAGGAGAAGCUGAGCGGGCCCCGGGUCAUCGUGGUGGCCGACCCCAGCGUGUGGAGGGACCUGCGGGUGCUGCACAACGGCCUGCCCCUGUACAAGAGGCGAGCGGACCACAGCGACCAGGCGGCCCAGCACAAGGACGCCAGCCAGGGCGUGAACAUCCCCAUCCUGAGGAGGGACAACAUGAGGUGCAUGGUGGGACGGGUGUACCGGCCAUGCUGGGAAGUCUAGGACACUCGACAACCUCGCGCUGAGAUGUAACAUAACCCAAGAUCCUGUGUAUCUAUAUUUAAAUUAUUGCAGAUGUGAGAAUAAAAAACGUUGAAUUCUG